AUGGGCAAGAAGAAGAGAAAGUACCCCGAUAUCGAGGAGGUAUUGGGCCGACCAUGGUGCUAUUAUUGCGAGCGUGACUUUGAAGAUCUCAAGCUCUUGAUAUCACACCAAAAGGCUAAGCAUUUCAAAUGCGAGGAAUGCGGUCGCCGCCUCAACACAGCAGGAGGUCUCUCAGUUCAUAUGAACCAAGUCCACAAGGAGACAUUAACGCAAGUCGAAAAUGCACUGCCUAACAGGCAAGGCCUCGAUGUCGAAAUCUUUGGAAUGGAGGGCAUUCCCCAAGAUAUCCUCGAACAGCACCGGAACAGAAUCAUUCAGACUUUCUAUCAGGAGCAAGAGGAUCGGCGGAUCGCGACGGGCAACCCCACGCCGGGUCAGAGCGGCAAACCUCAGAAGAAGAUUAAGAUAGAGACGGCCGAGGAGCUCAAGAAGAGGCUUGCAGAGUGGCGGGCGAAGAGGGCUGCGGAGAAGGCCGCUGGGACGAGUGGAUCUCCAUCGAACGGCGCGGCGAGCGCCGCGCCAGGUGCAUACACUCAACCUUAUCCCGCAGGUCAACAACAAUAUCCCGCAGAGGGACAGUACGGAGCUCCAGGCGCCGCUUACGCACAGCCCGGAUAUCCUGGAAGUUAUCCUCCGUCAUCGCUUCCAGCUAGGCCGACCGGAACAUCUCCCGCUCCUCCGGGUCUCCCCCAACGCCCGGCCUACCCCGGAAGUUACUGGAGUGGUCCUGGGGCACCACCUCCGGGCUAUUCCGGCGCUGCCUCUACGGUAGACGAGCUUGUCUCCGGAGCUGCGCAGCAUGGAGACGAUAUUGACCGACUCAUCCGCAUGGCCGAGGCGGGUGUUAAACCCGCCAAGAAGGCCGAGGAUGAAGGGGCAGUUCCGGAGAAGAAGUCGAAGAAGGAGAAAUCUCGGAUGUUUUACUCGGAUGCAGAUAUCAGUCCGGAGGAGAGGAUGGCUGCGUUACCAAGAUACGCUUUGGUUCAGUGA